AGAGUAGAAAGUUUUGCAGUGCCACUCAGUUAGUAGUAUUACCCAGAAUUAAGGAUCUGCUAGAGAAAGAGGAGUGCAUUGUGCAGCGGAAGGGGAAGGGGAGCCUCAGACCACAAUGACAGACUCCCUCCAGCUGUUGAUCAAUGCUGUUUUGCUACUGACAGUCACCUUUUUGCUGCUGUGGGCCACGAGGAGGAAGAGGAGAGAGGGGGAGCCUCCUUUGGAAAAUGGCUGGAUCCCUUACAUAGGUUUGACUUACCAGUUCAGAAAAGAUCCUUUGAAAUUCUUGAUCUCUCAACAAGAAAAACAUGGGGAUGUCUUCACAGUCUGCAUUGCUGGAAGAUAUUUUACAUUUAUCAUGGAUCCAACCCAAUUCCAGUAUGUCAUUCGAAAUGGCAAGAAACUUGACUUCCACGAGUUCUCCAACGAAAUGGCAUCCAGGACGUUCAACUACCCACGCCUGUCAGAAUCAAAGUUCCCGCAGCUUCAGGACGGCAUGAACAAAAUCUAUAAAAUCAUGCAGGGUAAGCCUUUGGACAAACUCACUGACAGCAUGAUGAUAAAUCUCCAACGUGUAUUCAAAUGGAAAUUCUCACAAGCAACAGAUUGGAAAACAGAAAAUAUGUACCAGUUCUGCUGCUCUAUCAUGUUUGAAGCCAGUUUUAUGACACUCUAUGGAAGAGAUCCUGUUGCAGAUGGUCGUAAUGUUAUUAGUGAAAUGAGAGAAAAAUUUACAAAGUUCGAUGCCAAGUUCCCCUAUCUUGUCGUAAACGUACCAAUUGCGUUGCUAGGAGAUACCAAGUCUAUUCGGGAAGAACUCAUACGUUUUUUUAUGCCUCAUAAGAUGGACGCCAGGCAUGACCUGGCCGAAGUAAUACAAGCCCGGAAAGACAUUCUGGAAAAUUAUGAUAUGCUAUGUGAUUAUGACAAAGCAGCCCAUCAUUUUGCCUUCCUUUGGGCCUCUGUGGGGAACACGAUUCCGGCUGCAUUCUGGGCCAUGUACUACCUGGUGAGGCACCCAGAAGCCCUUGCAUCAGUGCGUGACGAAAUUGACCAUUUGCUGCAGUCAACAGGUCAGAAGAGGGGGCCAGAGUGUGACAUCCAUAUCACCAGAGAACAGUUGGACAGCCUGGUUUUGCUGGGUAGUGCUAUCAACGAGUCACUGCGCUUGUGCUCUGCAUCUAUGAACAUUCGGGUGGUCCAGGAGGAUUUUCAGAUGGAGCUGGAGGUUGACCAGACAGUGAGUCUCAGGAAAGGUGAUUUUGUGGCCCUCUAUCCUCCAGCUCUGCACAGAGAUCCCGAGGUCUUUGAAGAUCCCGAGAAAUAUAAGUUUGAUCGAUUUGUGGAAAAUGGGAAGGAGAAAACCACCUUCUACAAAAGGGACAAAAAGCUAAAAACUUUCCUGAUGCCGUUUGGUUCCGGAACCUCCAAAUGUCCUGGACGUUUCUUUGCUGUAAAUGAAAUCAAGCAGUUCCUUGCCGUUCUCCUUGUGUACCUGGAUACAGAGAUAGCUGAAGAAAAGUUUGUUGGUUUAGAUAACAGCCGUGUGGGACUUGGAAUCCUCCUGCCUGAUUCUGAUAUUGAUUUUCGGUUCAGAUAUCGGAAAUGUGACACUUCAUAAU